ACGAGUAAUAUAUAACUGUGUCGUCUGCGUAAAAGACAAUCUUGCAUGAUGUAAGAUCAUUCACGUAUAUGAGAAAAAGCAGGGGCCCCAAGAUGCUUCCUUGAGGCACACCAACUCCAAUAGGUCCAACUUCAGACAUUUCCGAAUUAAUAUUUGUAACUUGUGUUCUACAUUCCAAGUACGAUCGGAACCAAUCAGUAGUAUUCCUCUUCAAGCUAAUAGCGUUCAAUUUGUUUAACAAGACUGUGUGGUUGAUGGUGUCAAAGGCCUUUGAUAGGUCUAAAAACAGAGCACCAGUGAGAUAGCCAUUGUCCAUUUUCUCAAGAAUGUUAUCAGUAAAGUGGGCCAAUGCUAUAGAUGUUGACAGCUUUGGUCUAAAACCGAACUGCUUCGAUGUCAAGAUCUUGUUAACAGUUAAGUAAUUAUAUAGUUGACAAUGAACUGCCCUUUCAAGGAUCUUGGAUACAGUAGGUAAAACAGUUAUCAGUCUAUAGUUGUUAGGAUCAGAACGGUUCCCUGAUUUAAAUAGUGCCGUUAUUUUACCGAAUUUCCCAAUACUCAAUAGACCGAUUAAACAAGUUCGUCAAGCCUUUGGCAAUAACAUAAGCACCGUCCUUCAGAAAUCGGGCAUUGAUCUUAUCCAUACCCACUGCCUUAUUAGGCUUCAGUUUUAAUAAUUCAUUCAAGACGAACUGUUUAGUAAUCGGCUGAAUUUCAAAUGCGCAGGGUAAACUUGGUAUAUUAUUGUGAGAUAUAAUAGAUGCAAAAGACUUCAAACUAUUAGCAAUUUUAGAUCCAAUAGUUGAAAAAUGCUGAUUUAAAAUGUCAGCAAUGGUUGUAGAUUCACUAUAUAUAACACCAUCAGCUUCAAUGCAAGAGACUGGAUUUGUUUCUUUAUGCGAAAGAAUUUUGUUCAGAGUGUUCCAAAGUGUACUUGAAUUGUUUUUAUUAUCCUCAAUUAACCUUGAAUAAUAUUCGGCUUUACAUUUUCUUACUUCCUUAUUAACUUUAUUCCGGAGAUCUUUGUACUGGGACCACUGAUUUGGUAAUUUAGAUUUAAUAGCUUUCCUAUGAAGAAAGUCACGUUUUUGCAUUAAUGACGAUAGUUCAGCCGUCAUCCAUGGUGUAUGUUGGAAACCGACUAUAAAUAGGUUAUGAACAAACACUAGAUAUGAACACCAUAUAAGGACAUAAUUAGUGUAUGAUUGACAUUUAGUAAAAACAACAUAGUGAUACAUUGCGAGAGAGAGAAAUAGGCGUGUAAACAUAGUACAACAUACGAAAUAAAAUCGAAUAAUUUGGCGAUUAAAAACACAGUGAAUUGUCGUGAAGGACGGCCCUUUUAGUAGAGCAUUCCGACACUACCUUUCCAAUACUAGCCUCUUCACACAAAAAAAAAAAAAAGAAAAAGUGGCACCUGCGACGAGAUCGAAAUAUGGAUAAACUAGAGAAAGAUUUAACCGGGAAAUUAAAGCUAUUAAAAUUUACGCUCGAGAAAACAUCAGAAAUUGUGAGUAAAGCAAAUAUUGUCGCCAUCAAAAGACAACGCUAAGCAUUGAUAAAGAUUACUGCGAAUAUCGAGGAAUUAAAAUUACAUAUUUUGGAAGGAAAGUUUGAACGGGGAGACAACGAUGAAACAAUUACAAAUUGGAGCAAAAAUGUCGAAGAACAAGUCGAAAACGUCGAUGCGGAAGUAAAAAAGCUACAAAAAUAUUUGGAUGAAAUGAAAGCCAACGAAGCGAGCAAAGCGAAGGAAGCUGAAUGGGCACAACAACUACAGUUUGAGAAAGAACAAUACGAACAAAAACUGCAUUUUGAGCACAAAGUUGAUGAAAUCAAGAAAGAUAAAACUACAAAAAAGCCGGAUCAAAUUCAAACGAAGCUUCCCAAGUUAAUUAUUACCCCAUUUAAUGGCGCACCAACCGAUUGGCUUCGUUUUUGGAACAUAUUUGAAACCGAAAUAGACAACAACAGUGAUGUAGCACCCGUAACCAAAUUCGCCUAUCUAAAAGAACUUUUGAAACCAAAUGUUAGAUCAACUAUAGAUGGACUACCAUUUUCAACUGAAGGAUAUACCAGAGCGAAAAAUAUUUAAAAAACAAGUAUGGCAACACCACAGAGAUUGUCAACGCCUAUGUGCAAAACAUUAUGGCUUUACCAGUUAUCAAUGGUACACAACCCUGGAAAAUACACGAUUUUUAUGAGAAAUUAUUAUUCAACGUUCAAGCACUCGAAACUUUAGGGAAAUUAACUGAGAUAAAUGGUUAUGUGCGAAUGUCGAUAGACAAACUCGAAGGGAGACGGGGAGAUUUACUUCGAACGGAUGACAAAUGGCGCGAAUGGGACUUUCCGAAAUUUGUCGAGGCACUGCGAAUGUGGACCGAAAGAAACCCCUGCCUACCACGAAAGAAGCGGAGCGAGUUCCCAAGUGGGUCUUCCUAUAAUACCCAACAACGUACCUGUGUUUAUUGCGAUAAGCCAGACCACAAGUCAAUCGAUUGUGGCAGUGUGACUAAACCCGGUGAGCGAAGGCAGAUUUUACAGCGCAAACGACUCUGUUUUAACUGUACCGGUUCAGGGCACAGAGCUUCGGAGUGUAAAAGUCGAUCGAAAUGUCGAAUCUGCGAUGGGAAGCACCAUUCCUCAAUUUGUGAAAAACCGCUGAAAGAGAACCUGAUGACAACCAAUCAAGGAAACGAACAGCAUGUUGUAUAUCCAGUUGUGGUUGUAGAUGUGCAUGGAGUCAAAUGUCGUGCGUUGCUGGAUUCGGGAUCAGGUAGCUCCUACGCAUCAGCCGUCUUGCUCAAAACGAUUGGAGUCAAACCCAUCAGCUCGGAAAUGCGACAAAUCGAAAUGAUGUUGAGCACCACAACACGAAGGAUGGACGUUUACACUGUCAAUGUAAGCUCGUUGAAUAAGUCUUUUGAAAUGGACAUCAAUGUCAGCAAAGUGGAGAAGCCUCAACUCAUGACUUUAAAGAAUCCUGGUUAUAAGAGCCUCCUGGGAAGACACCCACAUCUCGAAGGCGUAGUCAUGGAUGACAACGACACCAAGACCAACUUACCUGUUCACUUAAUCCUGGGAAUCAGUGAAUGCACCAGAAUAAGUACAGCAGAACCGCAGCGCAUCGGUGGAGAAUGGGAUCCAGUGGCUACAUUCACCAAGCUGGGAUGGACUAUUACUUCACCUGGGCAGGAGUUUGACGUCUCAGCAAUGUUACUUACCCAAACAGCGCAAGUUGACUACGACGAACUGUGCAAACUCGAUGUUCUUGGUCUCGCAGACCACCCUGGUGGUGAUCAAAAUGAAGUGUUCGAAGGAGGGAGGGAGAUCACCCGGCGCUGCCAACUGGGAAAGAUGUCAGUUUACAUAGAUUAAACACUCUAGUUUGCAAGCUAGAGAAAUCAGGAACGAUCAAUGAUUAUGAUGCAAUCAUCAGAGAGCAGCUGGACCAAGGCGUAAUAGAGCGUGCCCCAGACACAGUGGUCGGCGAAGAAUGCUACAUUCCACACAAGCCAGUGAUACGAGAGAAAGCAGAGAGUGCAAAACUUCGAAUUGUGUACGAUGCUUCGGCGCGGGUAGAAUAUAAUGCCCCAUCUCUCAAUCCUGGUCCGCCACUCCAAAACCAACUCUGGAGUGUGCUCGUAAGAGGACGAUUUAAUCCUGUAGCCCUCACGGCAGAUAUCAAGCAAGCUUUCUUACAAGUCCGAAUUUGUGAAGAGGACAGAGAUGCUUUAAGAUUCCACUGGUUAAAAGAUGUGAAUUCAAAGGAAGUGGAGACUUACAGGUUUACUAGGGCAUUAUUCGGACUCGCCCCAUCUCCAUUUCUUUUGGGCGGAGUGAUCAAACAACAUCUUGAAGUGUGGCGCAGUAAAAGUCCAGAAACUGUACGUGAAAUCGAAAAGAGCCUCUACGUGGAUGAUUUGAUAUGAGGUGCGACAACCACCAAUGACGCCAAGCUACUCAAAGUUGAAGCUACAGAAAUAUUCGAGGACGCUGCCUUCCAACUACACAAGUGGCAUUCGAACGAAGCUACACUGGAAUCCAACCAACAUGAAGGAGAACUCACAGAUCAGACCUUUGCUAAACAGCAACUGAGACAGCCAGAUAACAGGAACUGCAGCCUCCUUGGGCUUGCAUGGAAUAAGAACAAAGACACAAUUAGCAUUCCUAUUUCGAAUGAGGAAGUACCAACAACCAAACGAGGAGUUCUAACGAAAGUAGCAAAGAUCUAUGACCCACUGGGGUUGGCGUCACCAUUGUCACUAACUGGGAAAAUGCUGUAUCGAGAAACGUGCAACCUUAAAUGUACAUGGGAUCAAGCACUACCAAUUGACCUCGGUAAGAGAUGGAAACGAUGGGAAAGAGAGUUACCAGAACGUAUAACAACAGUGAGGUCUUUGGCAAAGUACCAAGAACCAGUCACCAGCAUCACUCUUCAUGCGUUCGGCGAUGCGAGUGGAAACGGGGUAGCUGCAGCCACCUAUGCUGUAGUGUCUCAACCAUCAGGGCAAACACAAGGGCUCGUGACAGCCAAGGCACGACUCGCCAAACAAGGACUAACUAUACCUCGACAAGAAUUAGUUGCUGGCCACAUGGCUGCUAAUCUUGUCACUAAUGUCAAGGAAGCACUCGAAGGAUUCCCUGUAGCAAACUCAUACUGUUGGUUAGAUAGUACGGUGGCCCUUCAUUGGAUUCGAGGCGAAGGAAACUACAAGCAAUUCGUGCAAAACCGAGUCAACAAAAUUCAGCAGAAAAACCUCGAGUGGAGAUACGUCCCAACGCACGAAAAUCCAGCGGAUUUGGGCAGCCGUGGCGAUGCUGUAACGCAGACCAACGAGCUAUGGUGGAAUGGACCAAAGUGGCUUUCCAAACCCGAGGAAUGCCCUGAAAACGUCAGUACGAAAGCUACCAAAGAAUCACUUGGAGAGGCUAAGAAAGUUCGUGAAUUGUUCAAAUUGGCGACCGAUCAUGAACCAGAUGAGUUCAGUCAACUUAUUGUGAUUAGAACGUGUGCAUGGAUCGCGAGGUUUGUGCACAACGCGAGAAACAAAAUUAAAAAGGUCGGUCCACUAACUACAGAAGAGAUUGAAGCACAAAAGAAAUUUUGGGAAGAAAGGGCUCAACGACAAGGCAAAGUGAGUGAGAAGUACGAUGCUGACCGAAUGCAACCCAACCUACAGCGUAACCAAUCGGGAUUGUUAGAAUGUCAAGGUAGAGUUCAAGGACUUUAUCCCAUUUACCUUCCAGAUACUGAGAUCUACACAGAGAAAUUCGUACAGCAAGCUCAUGAAGAUACACUCCACGGUGGAGUGGGAUGCACGAUGGCAAAAGUUCGCGAAAACCAUUGGGUACCUCGCCUGCGACAGCUAGCGAAACGGCUUAUCAAGAAAUGCCCCAGUUGCAAGAGGUUCCAGAUCACAGCUCUGGCCAGUCCACCACCUGGUUUUCUCCCAAAGGAUCGAACAGAAGGAAACACUGCUUUUCAAGUAGUUGGAGUCGAUUACGCAGGGCCCCUUAAGAGGCUGUCUCCGUAAAAACCUCCAGGUCAGUAUGGGGCUCAAAAAUAGAUUUCUCUCAUACUCUAGUAUUUUGAAGAUCUAUCCUUGGGAACAACUAAAAUCGAUGUCAUUUUACUCAAAUUUCCUUUAAAUUAUUUUUGGGGGCGAUUGAUGUUCGAUCGACUGGUAACCAACUUGAUACUCCGAAUGAAGGCCAAAUAUCGACAUAUUUUCAGCGCUAUUUUUUAAAUCAAAUUCAUACCUAAAUUUCAAAAUUUUUGCUCAGAAAUAUAGACUUAUCCUUCUAUUUUCGCGGGUGAUAUGACUUAGAUCAUUAUUCUUUGGUAUAAAAUAGAAAACAGCGCAGUUAUUGACCCUCCUGAACGGAUAAAGGAUAUCGUCUCAAAAUAUGUCAACUUCGAAAGCUUAUUUCAAAAUCGUGGCACUUGAUUGGCACAUGACUUUAACUUUUCUAUAAACUACUAACAUUAGUCAACACAAAUCGCCAAUAAUAUCUUUCUGUUCUACCAUUUGACAAAAAUGACAAGCGCGCAAACUUUGUAAAAUUUGAAAAUGUGUCGAAAUCGAGCAUACUUUAUCGGUAAACAUAAUUCUUGAUAUUAACAAAUAAAACCACCUUACACUACACUGAAUGAAGCUUGAUUAUGUAAAUAUAUGUCUUUCAUCAUUAUUCUUUGGUUUUGCACUCGAAUGAGAUUGUUUGACUGUACAGUUUGGCUUCAAGGAUAGUCAUUCAAUGCCAGUGUGUCCUGUGUGUUCGAAUUCUGCGCGCCUCAAUGCCAUGACGGCAUCAGUCCUGAUUGUGACAUACGAACUUCGCUCUGUUCGCUUUGUUUACCUCCUGUAAAUAAAAUGUCUCAAAGAAAUUAGAAAAUUCAGAAUUAGUCAUACUACAGACAUAACUUUCAUUGGUUUGUUUACCUUAAACUGUUAUAUAAAGUUUCGUUUUAUAGAAUGUACGAAUUAAUCUCGGGGAAAACUCCUAACCGAAAGAAAUGUACUCGCUGAGCGUAAACAUGUCAAUCAAAUGACGAUGAAAUGUUUCGUUGCUCUCUGAUUUCCCUUUCUUUGUAUUGAAUUAAAUAGUAGUCUUAGACAGUAUUGCACGAGGUUUUUGUGUUUACAAUAAUGGUGUUCUACUUCUACUACAGCCGCAAUUUGUGAUCAUGCAACGUUAAGGCCCUGUCACACUAUUGCGUAUGAGAGAACGUAUGAGAACCGUAUGAAAAUUAAUGAAAUCAUUUUCAUACGCACAAAAAUCCUUUGAAAUGCCAGCGUAUGAGUACCGUACAUCUGGCGUACCUCUAGCGUAUUCAGCGUGUGCCUAAAGUAUGCUUAUCUUAUAAAGCAUACGUCCCGAAUACGCACAAAAUUUUUGAACAUGCUGAAAAAAAAAUUUCUGCCUCGGCGUAUGCCAGCGUAUGCAACCGUAUGCGACCGUGCUUGAAACGUAUAUAACCUAUGCCUAGCGUACCCCUAGCGUAUGUCAGCGUAUACGGCGAAUGAGUGAUAUUUUUCAUACGCUGGCAUACGCUAGUACGAUACGCAAUAGUGUGACAGGGCCUUCAGGUAAGCCUAAAGGCUCUGUCACACUAAUGCGUAUGAGAGAAACGUAUGAGAAGCGUAUGAAAAUCAAUGAAAUAAUUUUCAUACGCAGAAAAAUCCUUUGCAAUGCCAGCGUAUGAGUACCGUACAUCUGGCGUACCUAUAGCGUAUUGAGCGUGUGCCUAGAGCAUGCUUAUCGUAUAAAGCAUACGUCCGAUACGCACAAAAUUUUUGAACAUGCUUAAAAAAAUUUUCUGCCUCGCCGUAUGCCACCGUAUGCGACCGUGCUUGAAACGCAUACAACCUAUGCCUAGCGUACCCCUAGCGUAUGUCAGCGUAUACCGGCGUAUGAGUGAUAUUUUUCAUACGCUGGCAUACGCUAGUACGAUACGCAAUAGUGUGACAGGACCUUAAACGAUUUCGACAGACAGUAGAUUUUAUGUUGACAGAUGAGAAUGGCGGUAAACAAUAAUGUAGAUAUGUUCCUUUUCUACUUCUGAGUGUGGAAAAUUCCGAGACACAGUAGACUGUUCUUCGAAGUUGCUGGCGUGUAAGAAUGACAUUAGUUAUCACUUGCAAAUUUGUCACCCUUUAAAGCUUGUCGGAAAGAAGAAUAUAAAUUAAUUCUAAUUUUCAGAACCUUUCUAAUUGUUACUGAAAAAAGUAAUAACAUUGAUUAAAUAACUGAGACGUUCAAAUGGGUUACAGCUGUUUGCGCUGAAUUGUUUUGUAUUAUAUCAAAAUAUUCGCAUAUUUUUAUACAAUAAGAAAUAAUGUAAAUUCUUGAAGCAUAGCCUUGAGCAAAGUCACCCAGGGUCGGCCUGAAAAAGUUGAUUUUUUUAUACAGAACCGUGACUUACUUGAAUUCUAGUUUCAUUGAUAAUUGUUUCUAAACCUAGAGACAAUUCAGUUGCUAGAAAAUCUAAUGAAACUUUUAUAAAACAGUUUAAAAACGAUGAAAAUUCUGUCUGUAGUAUGACUAAUUCUGAGUUUUCCAAUUUCAUUGAAUAUUGUUAUUUGUUAAACAUGUAUUUGUUAAAGAGGUAAACAAAGCGAACAGGGCGAAGAUUGUAUAGUAUGUCUGUAUGUCACAAUCAGGACUCGUGGCAUUGAGGCGCGCAGAAGACACUGGACACACUGGCAUAUUGAAUCACUCUAUCCGUGAAGCCAAACUGUACUCAAACAAUUUGAUUCAAGCGCCAUACCAAAGAAUAAUGAUGAAGGACAUGUAUUUACAUAAUGAAGCUUCAUUCAGUGUAGUGUAAGGUGAUUUUAUCUGUUAAUAUCAAUAAUUAUGUUUACCAAUAAAGUAUGCUCGAUUUCGACACAUUUUCAAAUUUUACAAAGUUUGCGCGCUUGUCAUUUUUGUCAAAUGGUAGAGCAGAAAGAUAUUAUCGGCGAUUUGUGUUGACUAAUGUUAGUAGUUUAUAGAAAAGUUAAAGUCAUGUGCCAAUCAAGUGCCACGAUUUUGAAAUAAGCUUUCGAAGUUGACAUAUUUUGAGACGAUAUCCUUUAUCUGUUCGGGAGGGUCAAUAACUGCGCUGUUUUCUAUUUUAUACCAAAGAAUAAUGAUCUAAGUUGUAUCACCGACGAAAAUAGAAGGAUAAGUCUAUAUUUCUGAGCAAAAAUUUUGAAAUUUAGGUAUGAAUUUGAUUUGAAAAAUAGCGCUGAAAAUAUGUCGAUAUUUGGCCUUCAUUAGGAGUAUCAAGUUGGUUACCAGUCGAUCGAACAUCAAUCGCCUCCAAAAAUAAUUUAAAGGAAAUUUGAGUAAAAUGACAUCGAUUUUAGUUGUUCCCAAGGAUAGAUCUUCAAAAUACUAGAGUAUGAGAGAAAUCUAUUUUUGAGCCCCAUAUUGACCUGGAGGUUUUUACGGAGACAGCCUCUUAAGAUCUGCGUUAAGCAGACGCGAGAAGGAAAAGCAUAUAUCAUCUUAUUCGCCUGUAGUCUGACGAGAGCUUUACACCUAGAUUUGGCUAAAUCUAUGGAAAUGGAAGAGUUUCUGUUGAGUUUUAAGAGUUUCGUAGCCAGACGUGGAAGACCUGAAAAGGUGUACUCGGACAAUGGUCGAACUUUUGUCGGAGCUGCAUCGUGGAUAAAGAAAGUAAGAUCAAGUGAAAAGUUCAACGACUUCCUCGCUCACCAGGGAAUAACUUGGCAAUUCAAUCUCAGCAAAGCGCCCUGGUGGGGAGGGCAAUUUGAGCGUAUGGUUGGGCUAGUAAAGGGAGCUCUAAGAAAGUCCAUCGGGAAAAGUCUUCUGACGUUCACCGAACUUAAAGAAGUCCUGUUAGAUGUUGAGGUCGCUUUAAAUAACCGCCCCUUGUCGUAUGUAGAAGAUGAUAUCCAAAUGCCGUUGAUAACACCCGAAAGUAUGAUGCGUCCUCAGUCUAACUUGCUGCCAGAAUUGGAACCACACCUCGAAGAAACCGUACCAUUAAGGAAAAGAGCGAAGUACAUUAAAAAAUGUAAAGAUACAAUGUGGAAACGCUGGACGAAUGAGUAUUUAUGGGGUCUUCGCGAACGGUACAAUCUCAAACACAGCAGAUCAUCCGGAACAGUGGAAAAAGGUGAAGUUGUGAUCAUAAAGGGUGACGAGAAAGACAGAAAUCAAUGGAAAUUAGGGAUUGUGGAGAAAGUGUUGCCUGGUAAAGAUGGUAUUGUACGAGCG